AUGGACGUCGUUGUUGUGUUGUUUUCCGUAAAUGCAGGGACGAAAAUGGAAAAUCCAUAAAACCGAGAGCAGAAUGUAAAACGAGACGUGCGUGAUUCCAACCGAUCAAACAAAGCAAAGCGCUAGGUGGACGCUGGGCGGACUCUGAACGAAUCAUCCCCCCGCAACUUGGUGCGCCGAGGAAACCGGCCUCAGCAUGUCGCAAAGUGCCCCGAGACGCCACCCACCCAGCGGGGGAAACGCCGAUGUUGGCAGCAUGUCGGCCAAGUUUGUUGACACGGAAUGGGAGGCACGGGAGUCACAACGGCAGCGGGAACUGGAAGAGGCGCGUGCACGAGCCGCGCAGAUGGAGAAAACGAUGAAAUGGUGGUCCGACUGUACGGCAAAUUGGCGCGAAAAAUGGAGUAAGGUCCGCACCGAGCGCAACAAGGCACGGGAAGAGGCGAAACAACUGCGCAGCAAUCUGGAGGCCGCCAUCAAGGAAUCCAACUCGUACAAGCGCGAAAAGUGUGAACUCGAGAUGCAGAUCACGCAGCUGAAGAAGGAAAUGGAAAAGGUGCACACGCUCAUGAUGAAACACGCCGGUCGAUUCAACAAGGCCAGCCUGGAUGCUGGCGAUGAAGCGGAUGCACGCGAUGCACGUGGUGAUAACAACUGCUCACCGGACAUCUCCUCCGACGGGCUGAAGAACGUGAACAGUGAGGAUGGGCUGGUGACGAAGCUUGAGCCGAAUCUGCCGGAUGAUGAGGGCACAGGUGGCGUCCGUCCAUCCCAUGGUGGUACGGCACCAUCGUCCCUAUUGCCACCCGAUGCUAGCGUUGCCGAUCUCGACAUCGAAGAGUACAUUCUGCAAGGUGGCGCCAUGCCGAAACAUUCCGUCGAGUUUCGUGACAAGAACGAACAGCUGGCAGAGGAGCGUCGGCUCAUCCAGCAGCUAUCAAAGGACGAUCACGACGAGGAGUAUCUACUGCAGAAGAUCUCGAUGCUACAGCUACGCCUCGAGGAUGCCCAGAAAACAGUGCAGAUUGAGCGAGAGGAACGAACGGCCGUUCAGCGCAACCUCGAGAAGGCGCGCCACGAUAUGCAGGAGAUGCGUGACAAGUGUGAGGAGUUGCGCUCGGCCAAACAAGAUGCGGUGCGUGAGUUGCUCACGCUUCAGGAGCAGCACCGAGUGGAGAUGCGCAUCACGCACAACUCGCUACAGGAGGAAAUAGCGGCCCGGGAAACGCUGGAGCGACGAUUGUGCGAACUGCGCACCGAGCUGGAACGAUUGCAGGCAGAAAAUGCGGCCGAAUGGGGUAAACGGGAGCGGCUCGAGACGGAAAAGCUCAACAUGGAGCGUGAAACGAAGAAACUGCGCGCCGAGUGCCAAGAUCUGCAGGAGCGACUCGAACGCAAGGGCCGCCCAUUGGUCAACAGUGAUGUGGAGCUGCGAUCUUUGCAGCAGGAACUGUUAGAUAAAAAUAAGGAACUGAGUGAUCUACGGCAUUCGCAUAGCAAAAUGAAAAAGAUGCUCUCGGAAGCCAACACCGAGCUGGGGCAUGCGGUGCGCCGGGCCGAGCAAUACGAAACCGAGGUGAAACGGUUGCGGUCACGCGUAGAGGAACUAAAGCACGAACUGGCCGGUGCGGAAGAUGAACUGGAUGCGGCCUGUAAUCAUGUGCGCCGUCUGCAGCGCACAAACGAAGAGCUUAGUGGCCAAACUGAGGGCCUGCAGGUGCAGAUACAACAUUUGCAAACAAGCAAUGGUAGCCCCAAGCAGCACGACAUUGGCAACUACAAAGCAACGAAUCGCUCCAAUUACACCGCGAACGUGAGCUACAAACCGAACAUUAACGACCUGAAGCAACUGUUUGACAACUCAUCCCGUGGCGGUGCUGGUGCUGGUGGUAGUGGUGGUGGACCUUCUUCAAAGCAUCAACCAUCAAGCAGCAUCGGUGGUCAGAUACCGUCCUACAUUCCACUAUCAUCCGGUUCGUACUACGAUGCCAAACCAAGCUACAUCGAUCACGAUGCACCGUCGCCACCGUCUCUCAACAACAACAAAUACGAAUUCGAACGAGCCAAGCAGAAAUUUGACAACAUAACACGGGCCGCGGCUGCUGCCUCUACUACUGCCAGUGGUGGUGGUGGUGGUGGUGGUGCUGCUGCUGGUCACAAAUCACGCUCUUCCGCCGGUGUUUCGGCAGCGAAGCAGCAGCAUCACAGUUCGAGUAGCUCCGCCAUUCCGAAGCGCUACGAUCAGAAUGUGUUCCCCGGAACUGGUGGUGGUGGUGGUGGUAGUUCCGGUCCUGGUUCUAUCGGCUUAGGAAGCGAGUCGAGAAAUAUUCGGCAUAUGGGCGGAAUGAUUGCUGAUGAUAUGCCACCGACAAAGAGCCACGGGCACGACCAGCAGCUGAUGUACGAUGGAAACUGUUCCUCGUACGACCAGUCACCUGCUACGGGGGCACCGGGAGCUCCGGUUCAUCAAGCAGGUCGGGAGUCACGUAACAGCGCUCACAAGCCAAUGAACAUUGGCAAGUUGAACGAUGUCAAUCUGGACGGGUUAAAGGUAUCGGAGGAUGAUGAAACUCCGUAGCUACGGCUCAACCAAUCUCCUCUCAGCCAAUGAUGAUAUCAGCGAUAACGAGUGAUAGAUCAACGAAGCUACAACAGCGAAAACGGCAGGAAGGUAUUCUCGUCAUCCCCCCCUUACCUUGGGGCCAAAACAAAACCGAGCGUAUUCGCUCCAUUACGUGGAUGUUGCUCUCUCACUUACUCAAAAUGCGAUAAUCAUACUCAUCAGUAGACUGCACGAACAACUCGAACUUAACUCUCUAGCAUCUUAGUGCGUGCACUAUUUAUGAUAUCUACUUUCUACCAUAAAUAGAUAGAGCGAGAGAUAAGGAGACUAGUAGCACUACGUUGCAUUAAGCACCAGUCAGCAGCUGUAGUAGCGGAGUAUUAAAAGUAUUAAUUGAAACAACAGGAUUCCUCGCCUCAAACACGGGCGUACCGGUGUAUCGGCGCCUCAACUGGGUGAGGGUCGCUGGUUAUGGUACUUGAGAUUAAUAACCCCUCCCCACGAUGGGGUUCUAGCCAUCAGCGAACAUAAAAGUACAAGCAACUGGAUGCUCAAUGUUUGUCAUUCCUCCUCCAGCGCAUGUCCUUCGUGCGUGCGAAACUGAAAAGUAUUUCUUUGAUCGGUCCGAUUUACCUUUAUACCGUCGUUUCUACUUAACUCUACCACCAUCAUUGUUAGCGCCUGACAGCAUUUACUUACCAUACUUCUUUCUCGGUACCAAAAACGGAAACAAAAGUGGACACCGGCAUUCGCACAUUCGAUGUGUCCUCCAAAAGUAAUUGGUGUUGAUAUUUUGGCAGAGUUUAAAUUGGUCUGGUUAGAAAUGAAGGCAACGGCGCAGAGCUGGCACUCAUUAGUGGUUUACUCAAUGUGUUUAGACACACAGUAUAGGCACAGUUUAAUGCAUCUUUGGCUAGAGCAUACGAGAGAAGCGAUGAAUGAAGCGUUCGUUCCGUACCGUGUAGUGUGUGUUAAACAUUUAUUCGGCUGGUACUUUAAUAAAGGAAAUAUCCUAUUCUUUGUGUAAGCUCUGUAUCCGCAAUGAUCGGUA